AUGUCCGACCAAACCGUCAAUAAUGGCUUGAGCGACAACCUCGAAGAAAACCUCCUUCCUCAGCCGACCGGCGACUCAGAGACACCCAGACAUAAUCCUCCCUUGUCGCCGAAUACUAAUGAGCUAGGACUUCAAACAUUCUUAAAGUCAUUGGACAGAUCCCAUAGCAUAGAGCUAAAAGUGUUAGGUCAUAUUGAGAAACUUCAAAGAGACCAAGAGCUCAUCCUUGAAUUGUUACGUCGGAAGUUCGAGCCGAUGCACGAUACUCCUCAGAUUGCAAAGAGGCUUUGGGCAGACACUGAAAAUGCCUGGCCGGUCUUAGACCAGAUACAUGGAGACACUGAAUAUGAAUCUGUUGGUUCGCAAUUCUUACUUAGCCUUGUACCAGGUGGUGGUAGGUGGCUUGUUUCGGACGAGCCAAACCUGGUCAGGGCGCGCCGUGUUUUCGAGGCUUGGGUGAGAAACACAAAGUCAUACUCAUCUCCUUGGAGAGAUACCUAUUCAAAAGUUAUGGAAACUCAUAUAGACAACAUUGAGGAUUGGUGGCCAAUGUCAUGGGCAAGCGACGCUGGGGGGGCCUAUGGCGCUUCACAAGAAGUUUCUCUCGCGGCCUUGGGCCCAUCCCACGACGACCCAAUUGACUAUGAAUCCAUUCAUGGACAAGACAUCCCUUCACUCUUGAAAACCAACAAGUACUCCGGUAUCAUAUAUCGAAUCUCUCUCGAUAACUCUUUCGGCAUGAUAGACUUGAAAAGCAUAGCGACAAUCCUCUCUGUAGCAGAAGGCACGUGCUUUAACCCUGAAGGUGGCCCAGAGUUUCUCGAUGGCCACAUCUCAGAAUGGCGAGAGAGAAGUACACAUGAUAGAUGCGGUAUGAAACACUAUCAUGUCCCAGUAGCCGUUAGCGGGGCCGGUUUUUCCAUGUCUGGAGUCUUCAUGCAUUACAUGCGAUCAUUCAUUGUCUGCAAUUUCUCUUCCCGUCCCUGCCCAAAUGCAGGCUCACCCGUUGGAUUGAAGUGUAUCAGGACGCGCAUGACCUUCGAAGGAUUUUAUGACAGUAAAACUCUGACUAUGGAAGAGAGGAGAUACUCAACGGCACUUAACAUCCUUCCACACAAUGCACCUUACGGUCACUAUGCAUUGUGCUCUAUAGUUGAGGGUACCCCGCAACAAACAUGGAAUAUAUGGAGGUGCGCCCCGGCAGCACACCAUCAUGUCGCAGAUCGUUCAUACCUUUGGAAAAGAUAUGGCAUCUUACCCGCUGGUCUCUAUACAGGAAUUUCAAUGUUCCAGUUACAAAUUUGUUCUUUCAUCGAAUCGUGGGAACAGGAUUGGCAUGCGACGAUUGAUCAAAUUGAUUCUACUAUUUCUAUAAGUCCCGAUGUACUUGAAGAUUUUGAACGACUGAAAGCUCUUAUGAUGAGCAACCUAUCCGACAGCUCCGUAUCAUAUUUCAAAGUACUCAAGAUACUUGGAAUCUUUGCUACAUCAGUGAAAUCUGCCCCAGCCUAUCUAGAGGAAUUGAUUCCUUGGGUAAGGAAUCCUUUCGUGGAAGACGUUUGGUUCGAGAAAACAUAUCCCCACACAGCAAGUUCGAAAGCGAUUCUCAAGUUCAACUGGGAUAUUGUCAAGACGCGACAGAAAGAAGCCGCCGACAAAAUCUUAAAACGACUGGAGCGAACAACAAACGAAGUCCAAGGUCUCAUGGAUGGAGUUUUUAACAUUCAAUCCAUUCAGGAGGCACAAAAGAGCAGAACGCUUAACAAAUAUCUUUUUGUCUUCACCUUGGUGACAAUAAUAUUUCUUCCCCCUUCACUAGUUGCAACAUUCUUCGGCACUGAUAUUUUCAAUUCCUCGACCAACGACAAGACCGAAAAGAAAUUCUGGGCAUCGGUAGUUGCAGUUUCAGUUGUGACAUAUAUCCUGGCGGGUAUGGGCCUUUUCGGGUCAGGGAGUCAGCCUGAAAGGCGAAGCCGAUGGUAUCAAACAAUGAGAGAUCCAGGGUGGUUCUCAAAAGUAAAGCCGUUCCCCCGGAGAUACUUGACUUCUCAUGGGGAUCGGUGGAAAUAUCGCACGGAUGAGGAGCUUGACAUUGAGACGACGGUUAGAGAAUCAAGCAGCUAA